AAGACUACAUAGAUUUAAAUAAUUCUUUAUUUAAUUAUGAAGGUAGUAACAAAAAUGAAAUUGAUAUGAGUGUAGAGAAUUUACAACAUAAUGAAAAUUAUGAAAAUAACCCAAUGGAAGAUUUGGAUUAUGAUUCACAUAAUUUAGGUUUUGAUAAUGAUGAAAUUCAAAGUUCUGAAGAAAUUAAUGAUGGUGGUGAAAAAAUUAAUGAAAGAGAAAAACCUAAAAAUACACCAAAGAAAAAAUUUACAUUAAGGAAAAGAAUUAAAAAAAGUUAUAAAGAUUAA